UAAGUUUAGCGAGUCUUCUCCGACGACUGCUCCAACAUUUUCUUUUUAUAUGAUUUUUUUGUUUGUGUAGGAAAAGUCACAAUUCCAAUGUAUUGAAAUAAAGGAAUUGGUAAAGAAUCGGGGAUUUAUCUCUGCAAACACCGUGUAGAUUUGUUCUACCAAUAGAAAUCUUGAAAACCAACGGCUGCAAUUUCGUCUUAUGUCGUCUCCAACUAACUCUCCGGCCGCCGUGAACGACGAGAAGGCACCGUAUGAGCCGAAGAAGGCGUUACCAUUGGUACUCUCGCCGAUCACGACGAAUCUGUUUCUGCCUGAUGACAUACUUUUGAGCUCCCUUAGCCGCAUUUCAAGAUUGUAUUACCCAACUUUCUCCCUCGUCUCCAAGAGUUUCCGCGCUCUCGUUGCUUCCCCUGAGCUUUAUCAGACUCGGUCUAUCCUCGGCCGCACCGAGAGUUGUCUUUACGUGUGCCUAAGGUUGCUUAACGAGUCUAACCUCCGUUGGUACACUCUCUGUCGAGUUCCGGAUCGGAAACUAACAAAUUUCUCAGGCGGUCAUUUAUUAGUCCCGAUCUUAUCUCGCUAUGCUCCUCCUGCUCAUUGGUCCAGUGUGGUCGCUGUUGAUUCUAAUAUCUACGCUAUUGGAGGGCCUAUUCAUGAUGCGCCAUCCUCUAGCGUCUCUGUUUUGGAUUGUCAGUGUGACACGUGGCGUGAAGCUCCACCGAUGCGGGUGGCACGGAGCUACCCUACUGCUACCGUUCUUGAUGGGAAGAUUUAUGUAGCAGGAGGUUGCGAGGAUUGCACUUCGUUGGAUUGUAUAGAGGUGUUUGACCCAAAGACUCAAACUUGGGACUCUGUGGCGAGUCCUGGUACUGAGAGAUGCGAGAGACUUGUUUACAAGAGCGUUGGUAUUGAAGGCAAAUAUCACUUGUUUGGAGGUGCGGGUCAUGUGGCUUACGACCCGAAAGAAGGCAGAUGGGACUCAGUUGGAAUGGAUUUGGAUAUGGGUCGGUCAUGGGUUUCGUAUUGUGUGAUAAACAAUACACUGUUCUAUUAUAAUGAUAGGGAAUUUAAAUGGUAUGACUAUAAAGGAAGGUUUUGGAGAAAAUUGAUGGGUUUGGAACGGCUGAUCAAGUUUCUCUGCUAUAGCCGUGUUAACUUAGCGGCUUACGGUGAAAAGAUGGCGGUGUUCUGGGACACUUUUGUGCCGUCUAGCUCUAAGAACAAGAUGAUUUGGUGUGCCGAGAUUACAAUUGAAAAGCAUGACACAUACGACAUUUGCGGUAAGACUGAGUGGUUCGAUGUUGUGCUUAGAGUUCCCAAAUCAUAUGAAUUGGUUCAUGUUCUUGCUGCUACUGUUUGAUUGAUGACGAUUUGCCGGAGUAUGUGAAUGGUUUGGGCUGUUUAAUUUGAUGGAUUGUUUCAUGUUUCCAGCUGGAUUAAUCGCUCGUGUUUUGAGGCCCAUUAAAUAAUAUAAAGCCCACAGUUGAACUAGCCCUUCAAAAAUCUGGGUAAUAUCGCACGCGCAAUCUGAGCGAGUACAGAAAACGCGCUCGAGAACUGUCAUUGUAGUGGGUCAAAUUCUCGGAGACAUCGGGAGAUUGCUCAACGGCGAUUUCUUAGUCCCGCCAAUGUAUUCCCCGAAGAAGAGGAAGAGGAAGACGGUGACGACGACGAAGAAACCAUCGUUUAAGAAAAAGAAGCCAUCACCGCCGACGGCGCCGAUUCCGUCCCUUCCUGACGAUUUGCUAUUAAGUAUCUUCGCACGCCUCUCGAGAUUGUAUUACUAAACUCUUUCUCUCGUCUCCAAGAGCUUUCGAUCUCUCCUUGCUUCACCUCAGCUUUAUGAUACUAGGUCACUCUUAGGCCGCACCGAGAGUUGUCUCUAUCUGUGUUUACAGGAGGGGAAUCCUGAUCCUAACCCUCUCAGGUUCACUCUCUGCCUCAAACCCGACCGAGCCCUAAGUAAAGGCACCAGGAAGAAGAAGAAGAAGAAGUCAAGGGGCAACAUUUUGAUCCCAAUCCCAGUUCCAAAUCCUCCUCUUGCGCACUGGUCUGGUCACGCUUCGGUUGGUUCCAAUAUCUACUUCUUUGGCGGAGACAUUGAGAAUGUGCCUUCAUCUAGAGUCUUGAUCCUAGACUGCCGCUCUCACACGUUGCGUGAAGCUCCAAGCAUGCAGAUGGAAAGGUUGGACCCUUCUGCUUCCGUCAUUGAUGGAAAGAUUUAUGUAGCUGGAGGCAACCAAGAUGAGGAUUCAGAGUCUUCGUACUCCAUCGAGAUGUUCGACCCAAAGACCCAAAUUUGGGAUCAUAUGCCCAUCCCUUGUUGGGAGAAACGAUGGGGUGUUCUAUCAAGAAGCGCAUAUAUUGAAGGAAAGUUCUACCUAAUGAUUGGGAGUAAGGUUAUGGCUUAUGACCGAGAGGAAGGUAGGUGGGACUUUGUCGGAUAUCAGAUGGGUCGAAGUUGGUUUUGGUCUUGUAAUUGCAUUAUAGAGAAUGUUUUGUACUGCUAUGGUGGAGCUUUCCGAUGGUAUGAUACUAAGCUGAGUUUAUGGAAAAUUAUGAAAGGUUUGAAAGGACUACCUAAGUUUGGCAAGAAUGUCUAUGUAAAGUUGGUGGAUUAUGGUGGAAAGAUGGCGGCUUUUUGGGACAAUCGUGUGCCUCCGACUUGCAGUGAAGAUAAGUACAAGACUAUUUGGUGCGCGGUGAUUGCGCUUGAAAGGCCCAACAGUGAAGAGAUUUGGGGGAAGGUCGAGUGGCAUGAGGCAGUGCUUACAGUUCCCGUGUCAUAUGAAUUUGAGCAUGCUCUUGCUGUUACCGUUUGAUGAAUGACAUACAGGACAUGCUUGGAUGUGGUGAAUCCAUAAUGUGUUGUAGGAACUGUAUCAUUUUGUUGGAUGAUUGUGUAUUGUAUUUUUUAGCUUUAUGCUGUUGACAUUGUUUCACUUGUAAACCUUUGAUGGUUAGCUUAUUUCUCUGCUGCUAAAGACCUUAUGAAACUCUGUUUUGGUUGAAAAGAAAGUUUACUUCUUU